AUGGAAGCAACAGAAAAUGUAUUGAGUUUCUUCACUGCAAAUCAUUCACAGCACGAUCCUCAGUGGAGAAUGACAGGAGCGAACGUUUCGGUAGUCUGUGUGGCGUGCCUGGUAGAACUAUUGGAAAGUAACGGCGUUUUUCAUCUUCGUAAACGCAAGGUUCUCAGAGAGGUUGUGUUUCUGAUGUCGAGCAGUCGACAUCUUCUGGAGCUUCUUGCCCAAAAUGCAAGAGUUACUUCUCAUUUAUGCAGCAUAAUCACGGAUUUGUUGUCUUGUGAGAACGAAUUAUUGAUGAGUACAGCAAUCGAAACUUUGGAUGUUAUAACUGUACAGCUGCGGUCAGAAAAUCUUGUGGCAGAAAUUGUGGACAAGUUGACCACCCAGAUAUUACUAUUGAACAAUUUGAAGAAAUCGUACCCGUUCGUUUUGGCUUUAGGAAGGCUGUUAAAAUCCAUUCCAGCGUUAUCAUUUGUAAUUGUUAAGGAUUCGCCAAAUUUGGUGGAAUACUUCCUUUCCAAUAUUCUGUUUCCCGAAGAUAACAUCAAAGCCGCGUUUCUUUUUGCUCUAGUGCAAAUUUGCUCAAACGUGGACGCGUUAAAUGUGUUAAGUUUCCAGACGAAGGAGAAGAUUUGCAUCCAAACUUGUGCUGUUGUUGCCAGCUGUAUAGCCACAGACGUUCAAAUGAACGCUCUUGGAGUCAUAAAGAGGUUUUCAGCGGACUCCGAUGUAUUACACUCCAUUCUAAAACCUUCCAGCACAGGUAAUUGCCCCUUGCUGGAGAAUUUAAAAAGGUUAAUCCUAUCACCAAACGAGGAGGUCCAAAUAGGAGCUAUACAAUGUGUCACUCGGAUUCUAAAAAACGAUACCACAGAAAACGCCUUCACAAAAGCAUUUCUGACGUCGGGCAUAGGUGAGAUGCUACUGGAAGAUUUAGAAUCUUCAAAUGACAUCGUUCUCGGUUCAGUAUUUUGUAGCCUAGACUACAUGGUGAGAACUCAGAUAUUCUACAGUGAGGGCUAUUCGGUUUAUGGCAUUGAGUCUAUUAUUGUUGGUAUAUCAAAAGCAAUAAAACUUAAGAACCCUGACAUCAUCAGACAAAGCCUGCGAGUGCUGUCACUGAUUCUAAUGAUGCAACCUUCAAGUGUUCAACUGUUUCCAAGUGAGAAGCUCUGCAAACUUUGUGCUAAUGUUCUGUACGAAAGUCUCAAGUCUGCAGACCACAGGAUUCUUACUCAAGCUGCCUGUGCUGUCGAACAAUUUUUGAGUAUUGAUCACUUCCCAGCGUCAAUGGAGUUUGAGACAAUUACUCCUCUUGUGUCAACUGUGAUUUCUCAUUUGCAGAAAUUUACAAAACCAAAGAUGCAUUUUAGAAAUGCUUCAAAAGGUGAGGCACGUUGAUUUUUAUCAACAAUUCACCUUAAUGGAAGUUAAAUGUGAAAAAUUGUCAAAUAGAUUCAAGUAUGUUUGUUGCAACAAUCACCGUACCUCCAGCCUGUUUUUUGAGCGCAGGGAAAAUGCACAUAUCACUGUUCUUUUCCCUGUCAAGUUCCUUUUAUCAGUGAAACCUGUUUUAGGCGGACAGCCAAGGGACCUUGGCUGGUGUCCACUUAAUAGAUGUGUCAUACAGGUUUCACUGUAUUUCGAUUACACACUUGUUCCUUGUUGUUUACUAUAAUAAGGAACCAAAACGACAGAAGGUGAUAUGCAACCGAUGGAAACAUCUUUUAUGAAAAAGAGAAGCAAACGAUAAGUACCAAGUAACUGUACCAUGCGACAGAGAAACAUAAAGCCAUACUCCCUCUAUGAACAGCAAUUACAAUAUUUUGUCUUAAAGAAGGACAACUUUGACAGUUGGACCUAUAACGCUAACCAAAACGCACCAUAAACAAAAGAACUGUUUCAAGGGUCCCACCUCUCUUAACUGGCCAUCCACGACAAACUUGUUGAGAUACUUUCGUCAACCGAGGAAAACAAAAAUAUCUGGACCCUUCCCUCCAACCAAAGUUGUCUUUUUUUCCGACAUGUAUCUUGAACAGUGCUACAUAAGUUUUUCGAGGGAUUGUUGGAGGGAAGGCUUGCUGUUUCCUUUUCAGGAAGUAGGGAAAAGUCAUGAAAACGCACGAAAUGUCGCUGAGAAAAAAGUUCCAACUAAUUUUGUCGCUGGUCAUUUGUUCUUCUAGAGUGUUUGUGAGUUUGGGAAAGGUUUGGGGCAGAAAAGGGAUGACAGCUGAAGUUUACUUCACAUCACCCCUUUGUUAUCUUCUAAGGGAACUGCUUAUGCUUUGUACGAGAACAGGGUUUCUCCACCGUCUUCGUUGUAUAUCCAGUUUUCUGUCGAAGAAUUUCAUUUUGCCUGAUGUUAACAGAGAAAGGAGACUUAUAGCAAAUCAUUGUAUGCAUUCCCUUAACAUUCCUGCUAACCUGAGAUAGGCCAUUGAAGAAAAUCAUGACAGCGCCAAAGUACGUAUAUUUUUUGGCGUAAAUUCUUCUCUAACCGAAAUGCAUUGCUUUACGUCCUGUAGCCUACUGACAGUAUUUUAUAAGUAGGUGGAAUAGGAUCGUCCAGGUGAGUGUAGUCCUGUAUAGGACUGCUGUUGACAGCAGCUGACGUUUUGGCAACCUCUGCAUCGACUCUGCAGUAGUUAUGCAUUUUCAGAGUCAAAGUGAAUUGCAUGGCGUCAUUUGAUGGCAUUAAAUUCUGGUUAUUGGCCUGAAUGGUCAAUAAAGUCGCAAUGUUAUUGUUUCUCUGUCAGUUAAGCAUUGAUGUUAUUUUGAUAUGAUGACAGUAUUUUAUACUUAAUGUCUACAGGUUCACUUGACGAAUUUCUCUGUGUUCUGUUGAGGGUCAUCAAGAAAACUUUCCAGUUUGUCAAAGACUUUCGAGCAAGAGAGCCUUCCUAUACCGUGAUGUUAACAAGGAACACUGAUUCGCUCUCACCCGGGUGCGAAGCUGUCAAUGAUUUCGUAGAGUCCCUAUGGAAAGCUAUUGACCAGAUAUGUGUGCCAGCCAUGAUGCUACAGUAUGAAUCUGUCGAGACUCCAACAGUGUUUACAAACUUUUUCGAGAUCCUUUAUCUUUCAGUCUCUGAAGAAAGCUCUUGGAGAGAAAGUUUUGCGCGAAAGCUUACUGCUGGUUCUUUUGUUCGUCUGUCAUUAGAAGUCAAGGAAAAAUUCAGUAGAAGUGAAGAGAGCACAAAGCUGUCAGAUGUGGUGACAGGUUUCUUGACAGAGCUUUGCCUUGCCCACGGUAGCGCUACUGAAAGGACUCAGCUCAGGGGACGUUUAAUCACGAGUAAUAUCGGUUGCAUUCGUUCUCCAUCCGGGUGUUUGAACGUUCUUACCCAAAGCUCAGUGAGAAAGGAUACAAAUGACAUCCUUGAUGAAUCUCUCUUUAGUACACAAUGCAUCUGCAUUGAACUCCUUUAUUUGUCCUAUGCUCAUAACGACGAAAUUUUGCCAGCUGAAGAGCUUGUGAUGGGUCUCCACAAGUACCUCACAUUGCAUCCCAAUCUCAGCAAUCUGCCUCGUGUGACAUUUAAACAUUUAUUAUUUCUGUGGAUCACAAGUUGCAACCGGCUUAGGUCGAUAUCACUUCCAGCAGCUGCCGUCGACAACAUCAAUAUUUCUCAGGGUAUUCUGACGCACACUCUGGUAAAGUUUGAUGGUGAUGCUUUUGAUUCCAUUUACAUCCACGAUAUGCUAUUUGUUUCCUGGAUUUCAUCAGUUGACUCCUUACUGCAGGCCUUUGGACGACAGGUCUUGGUCUGCUUCAUGGAAAGAGAAGAAAUUUAUAGCUUAUGUAACAACAAACUGUUCAAUGAAUUUCUGAUUUCAAACUUGCAAAGUUUUAAAGCAUUUGUUUCGCUCGUGGAAUGUCGCAAAGAGGCCAUUGUCAAUCGAGCAGUAGCAGUUCUGGAGACGUUGUUUGCCGUGAAUUCAGAUUCACCAGCGACCGCCACGCCCCGGUUAACUUUAUUAGCUGACGAAAUAUCAAAUGUAUUUCACAAGAUGUUUCUUGGCCACAAAACUUACCCUGUCCAAGAACACUCAAUUUUUGCCAUGCUAAAAGUCAUGACUUCAGUCCAGAUGAAAGUUCAAGCAUUUGACAAUAGGAUUUUGUAUCAUGUCAUCAACUUGGUGACGUCGACAAGAACUUGCCAAAGCCUCAUGUUAACUGCUCUCAACUACCUGAAUGUUACGUUAGCCUGGGACUUGAAAAAAGACGCUAACAGGGUUGCUGCAAUGCUCCUUUCCAACAAGACGUUCUGUGGCUACAUCCAGGACAUUCUGGACUCUAAGCUGGUUCAUAGUGUGGAGCAACGAAGCAAGUCAGUGAAUGAUGUUGACUUCCUUGCGACUGUGAUAGUUCUCAUCACUUCUCUACUGAAGAGUUCCUCUCCCGGGCUGACUUCCCAGUCAAAGGCGCCUAAAGGUGUCCAUGCCCCUUUCAAAAUUGACAAGAGAUUUAUGAUGAACUUGGCUAACGAAACCAAAAACGUUUUACGUAUUUCAAGUACUGUUUUCUGGGAAAACUACUUAAAGGCGGCAAGGACGAAAUCAGACAAGCUACCCAUCUCAUUAUCAGCCAUGGUAACAGGCGAGGAGCAGACCUUUGGCGAGUUAUCUGAGGUAGACCUCCAAGUCUUGAAUGCGUAUUUACAGAAUUCCUUGGUGAAUGACAGUGAGACUGUCAGACAUUGUGCUGUGAAGUGUCUGAAAAGCUUUCUAAGUUAUGUUCCGUGUGCAAGGUCCUUUGCAAGUAACCCUUGGAACAGAAUCGUAUUGGAAUCACAACUAUCCGUGCUCAGUGUCAAUAUAAUAACGCCAAGCUUGGUCCUCUUUUGCUCACUGAUUCUGGAGCACGUGUCAAAGCAGCACCUACUCAAAGAUGUUCUUCGAAACGCAGUCAACGCUGUUCUUGAUGCAAUCCCCACCAUUUCUUAUUCAGAGCAACCAGAACUGUCAUGGCAUUGCGUCGACCUUUUGUUACGAGUGUUAAGAUCGUGCGACGAUUUCAUGACUGAGAAGCAAAGGGGUGCGAUUUCAACUUGGCUGACGAAGUUCGGAGAAUCUUUCCGGUCCCAAGAGGGGAAUAAUGGUGAUACAGUCAAAGAUGUCAAUUUUUUCAAAUUAGAAAAUGUGAUUAUUUCCAGGGAUUUGCUCAAAUGUUAUGUCUGUACAGAACGUGAGCUUUUAGAUCGUGCCAUCCAUCUGCUACAGGGUACAGAGUUAGACGAAGAUGAGGAAACAUAA